ACUUGGUCCAGAAGUCAGGAUAAAGGAGGACAAUGAAUCUUCUCUUGGUUGUCUCUAAAGCCUGGCUAUAAACUCUCUUCCCAGUUGUAGACACACAAUCUGAUUAUAGAUAUUCUCAAUCUGCUGUCAUGAAGAAAAGUACAGUGGUUUCUGUGGAGAUUUCUUGCUGCAAAUGCAAGAAGAAAGUUAUGAAAAUUGCUGCAGAUAUUUCAGGAGUAGAGUCUAUAAAAGUUGAUGGAUCUACAAACACACUCACUGUGAUUGGAGAAGUAGAUCCUGUAGAAGUUACCACAAAAAUAAGAAAGUUCAAGAAAAGAGCACAAAUUAUAAGUGUUGGGCCUCCUAAAAGCGAAGAGAAGGAGAAGGAUAAGGAUGGAGAGAAGAAUGAAGGGGAUGACAAGCUUCCUAUAAGCUGUCCAAGAUGUAACGUUUGGAUUGUUGAAGACAUGAAUGUAAUUGAUUCCAAUCCAUGCUCUAUAAUGUAAUUCAACUAAUGAAUCAUAUUACAGAACUUAAAACCAAUGUUUGCAGUAGGGUGA